CUGAAUUGGAUCAUUCGUAGUUGAAAUUUUGAACCGAAGGCAUCGUCGAAAAGUUGCCAAGUUUGAUCAAUUUUCAUUCUACUAUUUUUACAUUAAACUUUUCGUUAUGUGGCUUCUGCGCGUUUGUGUGGUAUUGUUGCUCAUCAUUAACGUUUCUUGGGGCUUCAAAAUAUUGGGAAUUUGCCCGAGUCCAAGUUACAGUCAUCAACAACCAUUUCAAGCUCUUAUGAAGGCACUCGCUGCUCGCGGGCAUCGAGUUACUGUUAUAUCGCCGAUCCCAUUAAAGGAAACCGUGGAGAACUAUCGUGACAUUGACGUCUCGUUUACUUAUCGAAAAAAGGAUUGUACCGGUUUGAGACACGUCGGAGCUUUCGAACUUUUGCGAAGAAACAUGAUGGAGUCGAACGAAGUGUGUGAGGAACAGAUACGCAGCGUAGCGGUUCAGAAUCUAAUUAAGUCAAAAAACGAGAGUUUCGAUGCGAUCGUCAUCGAGCAACUGUGGUUCCAGUGUUAUUAUGCGCUCGUGAAAAAAUACAAUUUUCCUGUUCUCAUUGGAUUUCUCAGCGUUGGAAACUUGCCUUACGCCAUGGAUUCUGUUGGAAAUCCGGAUGAUCCGAUACUCAAUCCCGACAUGGCUUUCAACUUCAGCAAUCGUAUGAACACUAUCGAAGGUAUAAUCAAUCUACUGUACACCGCUGCAACGAGAUUCUACUACAGGCACUGUCAUUUACCAAGAGCGCAACAGAUUGCUUCUAAAAUCGUUUCUGGCACAUGUGUGAACGAGAUCGACAAGAAUUUCAGUCUCGUUAUACUUGGCAACAAUCACGUAUUCGGCUAUCCUAAACCACUCUUACCAAAUGUUGUGGAAGUUCACAGUUUGCAGAUCGGAGAGAAACCUGGAACUUUGCCGGAAGAUAUUCAGGAGUUCUUGGACGGUUCGCAGAACGGAGUGGUUUAUUUUUCGUUGGGUUCAAAUUUGCAAACUCACCAGUUACCCGCAGAUUCUUUGACCGCGCUAGUGGAUGCUCUUGGCUCGUUGAAGCAAAGAAUUCUGUGGAAACAUCAGGGCGAUGGUACACAAGGAAACGGGAAUGGCAGUAACGGGGACAAGUUCGCUCGAGCGAUCAACAUCAAAUUUGUAAAAUGGGUGCCCCAGCAAGCGGUUCUCGCUCACCCCAAAGUAUUGGCAUACAUGAUGCAGGGAGGCCUGCAAUCUUUGCAAGAAGCGGUGCACUACGCUGUGCCUGUGAUAGCUAUACCUUUUUUUGGUGAUCAAAAUUUCAAUGCGAGAAAAAUUCUUGACUCUGAAAUCGGACUUACACUCGACGUCGAUACGAUGACCAAUGAGACCAUUGUUCGAGUCGUCACAGAAGUAAUCACGAAUGAAAAAUAUCGUCGGAACAUGAAAAGAAUGUCCGACAUAACGAAAGACGAGCUAGUCAAACCCAUGGAUCGAGCAGUCUGGAGUGUGGAACACGUCGUGAAAUUUCAAGACUCCAAACACUUUCAGUAUCACGGAAGAGACAUCACUUAUUUGCAAUAUUACUCGCCUUUCAUCGUCCUUCUUCUUUUGUUCGCGACAUCACUGUUACUUUGUUUGACGAUAGUGCGUUUGGGCAAGUCGAUCUUGAGGAAAUUGCUACAGGAUUUAUUGGACAAAAUGACGAAGAGUUACAACAUAAAAACUGAAUAAUUAGAAGUUUAUUUUUUUCUUAUCUUUAUACCUAUUGAAAUACUGAGCUCUCUCGAAGCACCUCAAAUCGAGCAGCGUGAAAGGGUAAAUUGAGAAAUUCUAUUUUUCAUUUUUUCCGAUGUCUCCGAAAAUAUCUCGCGAAUCCCAAUUUCAGUGGAGACCAAUUACGAAUCAACUUCCAACGAUGAAUAACUUUUAGCGUAUAAAAUAAUUAUGAAAAAUUCUGAUCUUGGUAUUUCAAUAAACAAAAUCUGGUACAUAUUA